UCCUUUUAAGAGCGUGCUAGACACCAUUUUAUUUCUCCUUCUACGACAUCCCUCAUCACAAGCCCUGAGUGUGCUGGUCAUACAAGACUUAAUAUUCAUUGCGCGGCGCUCUUUAUAGCAUCUCAACUGACGAUGCUCAUGCCUUCCACCUCUGCAGCGAUCUUACUACUCAUCUUUUGCUCUUCGGCGCGAGCAGUCCCCGCUUGCGUUCGAGGGACAACCGCAGCCGCUACGACCUUGUCUGAGCCGAAUGCGUCUAUCAUAUAUGCCCAGUUACCAACAUCUGCUUCCGGGACAGAUCAAGAAUCAUCUUUAAUGCUGAACUCGGGAAAAUCGAAUAGCAUUCUUGCAGCCACUUUAGAAUCGCACAGCUGGUCUUCCUCUUACUCUGGCGGUUCAGGAUCAGUAUCCAAUACGGCAGCCCCUACCCGAGUCACGUUUACAGAACAAGCACUUACGAGCGCACACCUAGCUGAAAACAGCAGCUCAUCCAAGUUACCAGCAACGUCCGCCAAAGUUGCGACUUUGGCGACGCAAGUAUCCAACGUCACUGUCACAACCGGGCAGCUAAUGUCAACAAAGGCCAAGGUAGUAUCUUCGAGCAAGGGGUCAUCGGCGGUCUCGGCUACAAAAACUGGAAGCUCAUUCUCUAAAAUGGGUAUAAGUUGGCCUGUACAAGAGAAAGAUGCUUCGCCAAUAGCGCAAUUCUUCACUUCUACUUCGACCAUUUCUUGGUGGUUUGACUGGAACAAGAAUUGGAACCAAGGUAUCCUCAAUGCUGACAGUGUGAACGUUUCAGGGAAGUUCAUACCCAUGCUCUUCGACAAAAAUUUCCUUGACAACUCUGACACUUUGCAAAAAGGAUUUACAGAGAUUAUGGGAUACAACGAACCAGAUUUGCAAACGGACAAUGGAGUCUCCUCGUACAUCGAUCCAGUGACUGCAGCCGGAAUCUGGAAAACUCAGAUUACCACAUUGAGAUCCACCUACCCUACAAUCAAAGUCCAAUCUCCAGUGAUGGCAUCCGAUCAAGCUUGGCUUUCUACCUUCUUCGCCACCAUUUGCCCUCCUCCAUACUCCGCCAAAGAUGGUUGGGGUGACUGCCCGUACAAGCCAGAUUACGUGGCGAUGCACUUGUAUACUACAGAUCCAGAUGAUUUUAUGUCCACAGUGUCGGCAUUUCAAAAGACUUUUGGGUUACCACUGGUCCUAAGUGAAUUUGCUUGCCAUAGCUUUGGGACGAAUUCCAAUCCUAGCACAGCUGACGUCAGCACCUUCAUGCAAAAGACGACUUCAUGGAUGGAGAAACAGUCCUGGCUCGUUAGAUAUGCCUGGUUCGGUACGGUUAGAGACUCUACCUACCUAUAUGGAGUAGCAGAGACCAACCGUUUGAUGGAUGUUACUGGCCAACUGACUGACUUGGGCAAACAGUACAUGAAUGGCGGUCAGCCUCUGUAACAAGUUUAGCACGAUUGUAAUGUACAAGCGGUCGAUGUAUUUCCGUGGAUUUUUGUCAUGAAUUUUCAAUGACGAAUGGGUCUCACUAGUCUAAGGGGCUGCACCGUUAGACGGCAGCAACAAAUGUCUACAAGGCAUACGAGAUGCACAGGCUACGUGGGCUUGCUUGAUUAGCGCAGAGGUCAUUCAGCUAUCUAUAGCUGUAUGAAGGCGAUUGUCCAGAUUACUUACAGGAUUCUGGACCGAGCUUCUUCCUGAAGAUAGCUGCCCUGAACACUACUCAUUGUUUGUGUUGCAGCAAGCAUCAGUAUUGCAUCCAUUGAUCCCCUGCAGGCGAACCUAGCAUGACUCGUCUUUGUUCAAAUCACCCAACGAGUACAUUGCAGGCCUACUGGGGGAGUAGCCAGGUGUUUCAAGCUUUGUUUUCUCUGCAGGCGGCCGGCAUAGUAAAAGAUAGACCAAUAGACCAAUCCGUCCUCGCUCGCCAGUGCGAGGUGUUCCAAAUCAGCCAUGGUACCUGUGAGUAUGGUCGGCCUAUACGGGUUACUUUCUGAAAAUGAGCUGUGAGAGGCGUGGGGGACAGAGACAAAUGCAGAAUGACACUGGAAAGUAUGUUCAAUUUAACAAGCC